CACCACACAAUUCAGUACUCUUCACAGUUGAUGUGAAAAUACUAGUGUUGUUUUAUUGUAUUCUGUAUUAUGUGCUGCCAUUUUAAUGUUUAUAAUUCACUGUCGUAUGCUUCUUUGCUGCUGUGAAUGAUCGACAAGCUUGAAGUCAUGCAUGGGUACUGUGCACUGUCCUUUUUAGCUAAACAAUGAACAAGACAUUAUUUGCUCAGUCCAUUGUACUUUGACUGAUUGUUUUGAAUCAUGGAAUAAUAUGAUUUGUGAACAUGCCAUGAGAUUUCCUGGUUUUCUGGUUUCCUGGUUUAAGGGCUUCUCCCAGUGAUAACCAUCUAUAAAAAAAUGAAGCUACACAUUGCAGAGGCCGAAUGUGUGCAUAAAAUACACCUUGACAAAAUUCAGAGAAUUAAUUGAGAUCGUUAAGAAAAAAUGGAAAUGGAAUACAGGCACAUCGAAUCAAAUCAAAGACAAUAAAUGAGAAAUGUUUCACAUUUCCUUCACAAAUGUCCACACAGUAAACACAAUUUCAGGGUGUGAAACCUGACAGCAAAAGAAGCCCAUGAGUCGACAAGUGAAUAAUCAAGGCAUGACACAGCAAAUUUGCUUCAAGGAUUCAAUGUACACAUCAAAAGGUUGAGUUCAGGGCUGGGAACUUUCCUUUAACAUUUAGACAUUGAUGACAAAUAUAUGUAAAUAUAAUGUGUGUAAACCAGAGAUUUCAGAGACAGUGGUUCCUUUGACAGUAGAACUUUGAGGUACCGACUGAGGAUGCGUUGAAGAACCAUGACACUUGCAGGGCAGGGACAAAAAAGUUUUUACAUGCCUGAAGGAGUACACUACAGAGGACAGGAGAUUUAAUUUCUAUUGUUUUCUAGUUUUGUUUGGGACUUUCCGUAAAUGACGCAAAUAAAAUGAAAACUCUUGCUACAUACACCCACCAUGACGAAUGGGCUGUCCCGAUGAAGACAAAGAUAAAAGGAGCUGUCUAGCCAGUUCUUGCACAGGAACUCUAAGGCUGCAGACGGCUGUCAGGUAAAUAACCUGCAGUAUUAUAGCUUUGAAAAUGGUCACCAAGGUUCUUUUCCUUCUUGCUUUAUUCGGAGUCGCAUCUUCCAAUUUCCAAGAAAGAACGUGUGAACGGGAGCCAAGCAGACAAACACCAACCUUUUGUUCAAAUUACAAGAACACAGUAUAUCUUAAGGAGAAGCAGAAAGACCUCGAUAACAAACAAGCAAUACUGGAAGACAGAAUUGAUCGUAUCGAAGGUGAGCUCGACGACUUCGCGAUUAACCUUGCAAGUGCAACCAGGGAGCUUGAAAAGAUAAAGAAUCAAACCGAGGCCGAAAACAGAAAAACAAAGGCACUGCUGGAGGAAAACAAAGCUGGAAUCGCCAGCCUGAAGAGAGACGUUGAAGAUCUGGUCAACUACAAGGAAAGAGUCGGAGGAAACUUCAGUGAGAUUGAAAAGAAACUCGAUGCAACUGAGAAGCGGUUGAGGGAAAGAGAGGUCAAACUUGCAAAUCUGGAGAGUGAUACUGAAGCUGAGUUAAAUAACACACAGAGACUCCUGGAUCAAUAUAAGGCUGAACUUUCCCACCUGAACACGACGGCCCACAGGCUUGGAGUCAGAGUCGAAGGCCGACUGAAUGCCACAACGACAGACCUUGAAGCUAAAGUGACGGAAAUACAAAAAAACAGUAAAGGUUUCAGCUCAGAACUGAAAAAACAAAAAGCUGCAGUUGAUCAAUUUAAAGAAGAAACUGGCGGUCACUUCAGAAAUGUUGACCAGCAGCUGAAAGCACAAAAUGCUACGGUGGCCCAGCAGAAGACUUCCAUUACCACUCUGAAGAAGGACACUGCAGAAAUAAAAGACAGGCUGGCGUCCACUGAGAAAAACCUCACACGAGAGGUCGACAUCAUUGCGGCCAGAGCAAGUACUAAGGUGGCAUUUUCUGCAAGUUUAAAACAAUCUUCUGGUGCGUUCACUGGACCUGGCACCAGUGACAAGAAAAAUCUGAUCUUUGACCAAGUCUUCACAAACGUUGGCGGAGCUUACAACCAUCAAACAGGCAUCUUCACUGCUCCAAAGAAAGGUGUUUACCACUUUUCCUACAUGACCUUUGGCUACUCCUGCCGUACCUCCGGAGCCAUCCUGUUAAAGAACGGGCACUUACAAGUGAGCACUUUUGAAUUCAAGGGACCGGAUCGUACCGACACCACCAGCAGCACAGUCAUUCUUGAGCUAAAUGUUGGAGAAACCGUCAACAUCAUCCUGUGGACGGGUGGAAAAGUAUAUUCAAGUGUCUUCAGUGGGUUCCUCGUCUUUCCACUUUAGGGAUGCAUGCUUUUUGUCUUUGUUUCAAGGUCAAGGUCGAGGUAUCUUUAUUAUCCCUGAUGGGCAAUUUAUAGGGCAGCAGCAGUUGCUUAGUAAUGCUAAUGAAAGUAAAUGAUACAAGAUAGAUCCUGAGAAUGCUUUGAACCCUUAUUGGAUCACAGAAAUAAAUAUUGUUUAGCACUUUAAACUUUUAUCGUAACUCUUUAAUGCUCUAUUGUAAUACUUCCACUCGUGGGUACUAUCCAUAACUCGGAUUAAGAAGAAAGGCUGUGUUUGCCAUGUGAGUUACACUACAAUGAAGUUUAUUUAAGUUUUUAUGCAUUAUUGCUCAUUAUAUGAUGAUUCAAGAGCUAUGAUUUAUUGUGGGAUGAUUCAUUUAUGUUUAAGAAGGGGAGCCUUUUGUGGCAUGUUUCUCAGAACUUGAAAGAAUAAAACAUCAAAAGGAAUCAAACUAAAUAAAACCGUUUUAAAAUGA